CCAUGUCAUCAAAAUAACAAGUAACAUGCAUAGUCAUAUAAAAUUGAUAAUCCUCAUAUAUUUUAUUUCAUACUUCACUAUAAUAUCUUCUAUUCACAAAUCUAAGAAGGAAUCUAAGAAACAUGGGAAAAGAGUGAAGCAUCUUGAGACACAUAACUUGAGAUCUGCUAAGGAAAGACCUAAGCCGAUGAAGAACCAUCUAAGGACAUCGGAACCCUCAAAACUGAAGCAUAUGGAAACAUUAAAUAUGAACACGUCAAACGCGACUGGAGUACCACGGACACACAGUCACGUGGACAUCAACAGCCUCAUAUCCAGGACCGAGGGUAGCUGCGAUAAAAAGUGUUUUCAACCCAGAUGCGCAGUUGAGUGUGCUGGGCUGACGGGGCAUGCUGCGUGUACUGCAAAUGAGUGCCGUUCAACUUCGGAUGGAACGCUUUCGUCAGCAGUGUGCACUGGGUCUAUGUGUAAGUCGAUGUGCUUCCGAGACAACUGUUUGGCAGCGUGUGAAGGAAACAUCUGUCAAGGCAAAUGUCGAGGAUCCACUUGUAAUGCCAUGUCACAUGGCACCACGUCGCAAGCUACGUGUCAUCUCAAUAACUGUACGGCACAGUCACAUGGAAGUGAUACUGAAGCAAAGUGUGACGGUGUCUUUUGUAAAUCCUUUUGCAGAGGACAACAUUGCGUCGCUAGAUGUAGCGGAGAAAAAUGUUUUGCAAUGUGCCAAGGAGUAAAAUGCGAUUCAUCGUGUGAAGGUGAAGGCUGUGAACAUACUGUACAAGACAGUGCUGAAGAUGGACAAGAUACCGCUCAAAGAGAGGCCGAAAAUCUAGUUAAUGUUUAUGCAGACCAAGCAAUCGCUGCAGGAUUUGACCUAGGAUUUGGCGAGUAUGAACCUAUGAACGAAGCCGAAUACAAACCAGAUGAAAUUGAAAUCAUGGCGAUGAAACAACCGCCCAAAGAAUAUAUCAAGUAUAAUAUACCUAUACAUCAAGAAGUACCUGUAGCCAAGCCUAUGUAUACCUUGUAUAAUAAGCCUAAACUACAAAAGAUAUACCAAGCCCCUUAUAAACCAGUACCACAUCCAUCACCCGCUCCUUUAAUUAAUGUAGCUCCCACUGUUAUCUAUCAAUACCCACCACAAACACCAGAAACAAUUAUAAGCAACAAUAUCCAGGAAUUAAGCGAAAAGGUAGAUUCAGAUGAAGAUUCUGAUAAAGUCAAAUUGCAUUAUGAAUUCGGAAUCAAAAUAACACCUUACAUACUAGACUAUUUUAAACAAAAAAUCGAAGAAAUGUCAAACGCAGAGAUUCAAUUGAGAUCUUCACCUGAUGAUGCAUUAGGAGCUAAAAAAAUUCAGUUCAAAUCGAAUCCAAAGAAAGAUUUACAAAAAAAUGAAAAUAUAAAAGUUUCAACUAAUUAUGAAAAAAGAAAAGAAGCAAUAAAACAGGAAUUGAAAAAAGAAUUAAUGAAAGAACUCAGAGAAGAACAUAUUUUGGAAGAGUUAAAAAAUGAAUCCAAAACGAAGCAAGGGAAUAAAAAUAAAAAAUCUAAAAAGGAAGAAAAAUAUUCAGCCAAAGAUGUAACACAUGAAAUAAAUGCUAAAGAAACAAAGAUUCCAUUGAAAGAAGGAUUAAAAAUUUUGAGGAGGGGUCAAAUGAGAUCUCGUUCCAUUUCACCAAAUAAAUUUUUCACCUUUGGUAAUAAAGAGUAUGCUAUAAAAAUAAAGAUUUGA